AUGGCUCAGGUAGGAUCUAUCGCAGGAUCUUCGCCUCGUCAAGAAAUAAACUCAGCAUCUACCAAUUCGUCACCUUCGUCGACAUCAGGCGUCAUUGCUCCAACUCCGGUGUCGUUCAACCUAACUCCUGCUUCAGAUGCGUUUCCCGCAGGAAGGUACCUAUCGUCUACACGAGCAUCGGUAGAUUCCGAUUCCGACUACCAGGCAGUCGUCAAUGCCACAAACAGAGAUGGCAAUCGAGAUCGGGAUAAUAAUCCUGCUUCGGCAACCCCGUCAAGACCAGUUUCUCGUUCAUCAACCUUCUCAGGACUCUCGACUACUGCUACGAAAGAUGGUGUUGAGGGGAAACGAGUGCACAGAAUCCACGACCCCUUAGGUUAUGCAACCUGGCUGUUUCCAAGCUCUACGACUGCUACUCCAACAACUACCACCACAGCACCUCCGCCAAAUGACAAACGAAUUAACAGAUUGAGCAUAGGCAGUGGUACUGGCAGUCUCAGUAGUAUCAUGGGUAUUAACAGUAGUCGUGGUUCAGGUGCAAAUAACCAGUUUCAUAGUUCACAUUUCCGACACAGUGCCAGUGGUGGUCGGUCUGACGAGACAGGUGAUGGUGAUGAUGAAGCAGAAGACGGGACUAGUACUAGUGAUGGUGCUGAUUAUGAUACCGAAAACGUUUCACGAGUGGUGUCAAGUCGAUAUGAGAACAACUCGAAUGAUGAUGACGACGACUACGACGAUGACAACCGCAGUAUUGGUGAUUUGGAUAUGGAGCGACGAAGCAAUCGAGGGUCUGAUGACGGCGGAAUCGAUAUCGAUGACGAUGAAAAUAGUCUUGCCAACGAUAUCAACAUUGACAAUGGUGAUAUUAAUGUUGACGAUGACGACGAUGGCGAUGAUGAUAACAUUGCUGGUAGCAUUGAACGACGAGCCCGCCAGAAUAAUUACAUUGCACGAAGCAGUGGAGGACCACAUUAUGGCCGUGAUUCAAUCAGUAUUUCUGAAACCGAUUCACGUCACAACCACAGCAACACUGAUUUUUAUAACGAUCAAAGCAACGAAGGAGACGACGAGGCCGACGACGAAAAUAACGAUCCUGCCGACUACGACGAGCCUGACCAUCCACCCAACAUCCCCUCUGCACCUCCCGUGACUCUCAACGAAAAGAUCCGACUACUGCGAACCGGAUCUGUGUCGGGAGUAGCACAUCCACACCACAAUCACCACCAUCACCACCCACACCCCCAUCUCUCACACGAACAACCACACCCUGACUCGGUCGACCUCUCGUCCCAAGAACCUCCUCCUGACCAAGAUCCCACCAACACCGACAACGAAACACUUCCACUCGUCCCCCCACCGGUCCCCGAAGCACUCCCGACCGACCAAAUCCAGCCCAAAGACUUCUACCUUGGCCAACCCCCCUACAAACACGGGUCCUCCUCGACCGGUCCUCUCUAA